UUGAGUACUUUUGACUUAAUAUUUUAUUUCUGUUUAGCUUAUUUUGAGAACACGGUUGGUAAAUUCCAGGAUUCUGAGGGUAUCACCGGAAUCUUACUUGUUUAUCCAUAUCAUUACAUUGCAAUUAUAGAAACAAAUCACAAAGGUCUUAUGAGCUUAUUUCGCGAUUUACUAUUCAGAGAACAAAGAUAUGAGUCACAUCUACGCGCUAAGACUUCUAGUGAAAUUGAGACUCAUGAAUACAGUGGAGCCAAACAAGCAAAGUUAAAUGAUCCUUACGAUAAAUCAAUGUUAGGCCACAUCGUAAAAAGCAGAAUUUUAAAUAUAACUCAUAAUAUAAGACUACGCGUAUUUCGCUCUUUUGAAAAACGUAUUCUCGAUAUGGAACCCGCAAAUUUAGAUCUAUAUGAGGCAAACGAGAGUGAUGAAAAGAAAUUAUUAGAUCUUCUUACCCAGAUGAACAAGCUUACAGCAUAUCUUGCUCAAGAACCGAUGAAGGAUCAGGAGGAAUAUGUGCCCGAAAUAUUCAGAGAGACUCCAUCCUUUAGUUAG